UCAAAGAUGUCUGUCAUGUAUGACUUCAGUCCAACAUCCGUACAGUCCUUGGUCCGACGCGACUAGGAUAGAAAUUUUCUUUUCGUUAUGAGAAAUGUUUGAGUGGAUUUUACGGUCCCCUGUGUGCGCGUUGACGACGAAAAAUGCGGAUAUUUCAUGGUCACCGCAUUUAGUAACGCGUGCGCAUUUAUCGUAUUCAAGUAUCUCGAAGAAUUAUAGCCAUCGCCUAAUAGAUUCGGCCUAAUCUCAACAGUUUCUCGUUGAUUUCCUCGCUGAAGUUUUACCGCUUUCGCAUCUUAAGAAGUUGCACAAUAUUCCACAUCGAAAUGUCUGAUGACACGAGUGUACGGGUCGCUGUGCGAAUAAGGCCUCAGGUAGCGCGUGAAGUAAUUGAUAUGUGUAGAAUAUGUACACAAGUACCUCCAGGGGAACCCCAGGUCUUUCUUGGACCAGACAAGGCCUUUACAUAUGAUUAUGUUUUUGAUACCGGUAUCGGGCAAAGCAUAAUUUAUGAAACGUGUGUUGCACGUUUGGUAGAAGGUGCAUUAGAUGGAUAUAAUGCGACCGUUCUUGCUUAUGGCCAGACUGGCUCUGGCAAAACUUACACCAUGGGCACUGGAUUUGAUGUAGAAGUCGACCAAACUGUGGUUGGCAUUAUCCCCAGAGCUAUUAGACACUUGUUUGAUGGGAUUGUAGAGAAACAGAAAUAUGCCAGGGAAUGUGCACAAAUGCCUCCAGAGUUUAAGGUUACUGCCCAAUUUUUGGAAUUGUAUAAUGAAGACUUAAAGGAUUUAUUGGAACCUGGUGGACCUAGAGGUGGUGCUAGAAUUCAUGAAGAUACUUCUGGCAACAUACAUUUAGCUGGAGUAGAACCAAGAAUUGUAACUAGUCCAGAACAAGCCUUAGAAUAUUUAAGACUGGGAGCAUUGUCGCGUACAACUGGAUCUACCCAAAUGAAUACUCAGUCAUCAAGAUCGCAUGCAAUCUUUACAUUGCAUAUAAAGCAACAGAGAUACAUCAAAGUUGAAGAUCCAGAUGCUGAUGUUGAUACAAGUGGCACAGAACCAGCAAGUGAAUUUGAAACUUUAACUGCAAAGUUUCAUUUUGUUGAUUUAGCUGGUUCAGAAAGAUUAAAGAGAACCGGUGCCACUGGAGAUAGAGCAAAGGAGGGGAUAUCUAUAAAUUGUGGAUUGUUGGCUCUGGGUAAUGUAAUUUCUGCGCUUGGGGACAAGGCAAAAAAGGCUCUACAUGUUCCAUACAGAGAUUCAAAACUGACUAGAUUACUCCAAGAUUCACUAGGAGGCAAUAGUCAAACUGUUAUGAUAGCGUGUGUCUCGCCAAGUGACAGAGAUUUUAUGGAAACUUUAAGUACCCUUAAGUAUGCGAAUAGAGCGAGGAAUAUUAAGAACAAAGUCACAAUUAACCAAGAUAAGAGCUCAAGAACAAUUGCUUCUCUUCGGCGAGAAAUUCAGCAACUUCAAUUAGAAUUAAUGGAAUACAGACAAGGCAAAAGGGUUGUCGGAGAGGAUGGUGUAAACGAUGCUUGGCAUGAAAAUCAAAUGUUAAAUAGUGAAUUGCAAAGUCUUCGUACUAGAGUAAAAGCUCUUUCGGAAACAGUUGAAGCACUGACGGCAAAGAAUGUUCUUCUGCUGGCAGAAAAAGCUACUGGUCAGUGGGUAUCAACGGAUGGAAAUAGCGAAGUAACAAGUUUAGUACAAGGAUACGUUCGAGAGAUAGAAGAGUUAAGGGCUCGCCUUUUGGAAGCAGAGGCUAUGUAUCAGCAGCUAAAGAAACGACAGAUGCAGGUCAAUGCAGCAAAUCCUUAUGGCGAUUCUGGAUAUAUAUGUCAUAGCGAUUCUGUGUCGAUAUUAAACGAUGCUAAGAAAGAGGUUCAGAAAGAAAUUGAAGCUUUAACCGCGUUACGAGAACAACAUGCACAGACUAUUAACACUGCCAGUAAAACAGGGGAUGAAGGAGAAGGCGAUGAUACAGAAAUGGCUCAAGAUUCUGUGAGCGAAGACGAAUCGGAUGACGAUUCUGAUAGGAAAGAAGAGGAUGAAGAAGAAGAAGCGAUGGGCCGUGAAUUAGAAGCGUUAACAUCAGACAUCGAUGUAAAACAACGAUUAAUACAAGAACUUGAACUCUCCCAAAGACGCUUGCAAACGAUGAAACAACAUUAUGAAGAUAAGCUUGCUCAGCUACAAGCACGAAUUAAAGAUACCCAGGAAGAAAGAGAUAAGGUAUUACACUCUUUGCAACAGCAACCGACCCCGCAAACAGAAAAGGUAAAAAAAUUACGCGACGAAUACGAGAAGAAACUUUCUGCCAUGCAAAAGGAAAUGCAACUUUUAAAGUCUGCAAAGAAAGAGCACGCGAGGUUGCUUAAAAAUCAAUCUCAGAAUGAAAAUAGGUUAAGAGGAUUAAGAAACGAAUUGGCAGAGAUGAAGCGAGCAAAAGUGAAGCUUCUAAAUAAAAUGCGCGAGGAGGCGCAGAGACACAAAGAGAAUGAACUAAGACGAAAUAGGGAAAUAGCACAACUGCGGAAGGAGAGUAGAAAGAAUGCGAAUAUGAUUCGUACGCUUGAGGCUGAUAAAAGAAUGAAAGAGGUGGUGCUUAGACGCAAACAAGAAGAAGUAUCGGCAUUGAGAAAAAGGGACAGAGGCCUAAGCCUGAAAGCUGCGGGGAGAGCACCGCCUAAACCGAUUAAUCCAAAGGCAUUGAAACAGAGGUGGCAAACGUUCGAGAGAACUAUCGCGAAGCAAGCAUUGGCUAAACAAGCUGCAGCAGAAACGGAGAGAGAAAUGGAAAGGCUUCUUCAAGAACGAGAAGAGUUGGGUAGGGAACUAGAAAAGCUUCAGAAGCACAGAAAUAUUAUAGCAAGUUCAAGAGGAGAUACGAGUGACAUCGACGAAGAGAUUGAUAAUGUCAAAAGUAAAAUUAGUUAUUUGCAGGAUAGCAUUGCCGAAUGUCAACGUGACAUGGUGGAAAUGGGCGAUGGAGAAGCUGAAGGCGAACCCGGUGUCGAAGCGCUUAUAUCGACGAUUCAGUCAGUAGACGAAGCUCAAUAUUUAUUACAAAGAAUGCUAGCAUUCACCGUGGAACAAAGUUGCGUAGCCGCUCAAAAACAACACGAAAUUCGUGAUAUGGAAUCGCGAUUAAAUCAAGUUGCACAAGAAAGUGAUGUACAACAUCAGUUGCUAGAACACGUAUUACGAGAUCGAGAUCUAUUGUCUCUUACAAAUAAUCAUCACAAUACGUCGAAUUAUAGUCCUCUAAGUUCAAGAAGCUCGUCGCCAGAUAAUGAAAAUUAUAAUCAAGUUAUAUUUGGAGAAGAGAAACAACGUAAUAAUAAAGUAAGAAGAAGAACUACACAACCUCAGGAACUUCUUUAUGGCGUUCAAGCCAGUCAGGAUAAUUUGAAGACAGAAGAUCAAAGUCAGAAUCAUAAUCAUCCACUCACGAGAGUACCGAGUGCGCCUGGUAGUUUAAAGGGUUUAGUAUUAACAAGAAGUCAGCAUAGUAUAGGUGGUGGAUCUCCGACUUUAAGUCGGCGCGAUAGCACAUCGCCAAGGCCAUUGCGACGACCGCUUCACCCAGGUGGAGGCUCCAUGGAACAGGUAGCUCAUACAGACGUGUCAUCACCACCUGGAUCACCAACUACCUACCGACGAUUCAACAGUCGAGAAGAAAACGUUUUCUCUAGGCUAACUGCGAGUAGGCAACCAGCAUCAACAGAACCACAGCCUAUGAAAGGAAUUAUUUCUCAGUAUCAAGGCAAGAUACAACCAAGAGCGGUUUUACAUUGUUCUCAUGUAGCAGAGGGACACAGUAAAGCUGUUUUAACAAUGUGUGCAACUGCAGAUUUACUAUUCAGUGGUUCAAAAGACCGGACUGUUAAAGUAUGGGAUCUAGGAACAGGAAUUGAAAACCUUACACUAACUGGUCAUCCAAAUAACGUAGUUGCAGUAAAAUACUCUCCACUACAUGAUUUAUUAUUCAGCGUUUCUUCAGCUUAUGUAAAAGUUUGGGAUUUGAGAGCGGGCAACAAUUGUAUUAAAACUCUAUAUUCGUCCGGCCAAGUACAGAGUGGGCCGAUUACGUUAUCAACAACAUCUAGGAUGCUCCAACUUCCUGUUGGUGAAACAACCAUCAAUGAUUUGGUACUUAGUACCGACGAACAAGAAUUAUAUACUGCAUCCAGUGAUAAAGUUAGAGUAUGGGAUCUUCGUAAAUUAACGUGUACUGGAAGAUUAAGUACACCACACACGGCAGCAGUAAUGUGUUUGGCUGUUGCGGAGGAUGGUAAAGUGAUAACAGGCAGCAAAGAUCAUUUGAUAUCCCUUGUUGAACCAAAUACAUCCGGUCAGUCGAUCAGCCUGGCACCACCACAUUAUGAUGGUGUCCAAUGUUUAACAACUUGCGAUUCAACCUUAUUUUCUGGGUCGAGGGAUAUGUGUAUUAAACGCUGGGAUCUGAGCAGGAUGGAAUUAGUCCAGUCGCUAAAUAAUGCGCACAAAGAUUGGAUUUUAGGCUUGUGUAUGGUUAACAGUGGAACUGUAAUGAUAUCAGGUUGUCGAGGAGGAACAUUGAAGGCAUGGUCUGUACCAAAGGAUCAAGGGGAAUGUAGUCCAAUAGGGGAAGUCAGAGCGCAUGGUUCUGCUAUUAAUGCUGUAAUAACUAAUCAGCAACACAUUUUCACUGCAAGCAAUGACGGAACGGUGAAGCUGUGGAACUACUGUAAGAGAGAUGCAAGAACUUUCCAGAGAAGCAACUCAUUGAAAAGUUAAUACAUGCACCUGAGAUAAUGUAUUUAUUUUAUGACUAUAAUAUUUUUUAUUUAUUUGUUAAUUUAUAACACGAUAGAAUAUUAAUAUGAUAAUUUGAAAUGAUAAUGCACCUGACUUAUUGCUUGCUGGUUUUGAUAUUUUAUUUUUUGUGAACAUGUAUGUAUAAAUGUGUUUUUUGUUUUUACAUGUCUUGUAACUUCAGUUUUGUAUGUUACCGUCUUAUAUUAUUUAAUAUAAGUAUCAAAUAUUAAUUGAAUUUAUAAACGACUUUUAAACAAUAAACAGAAACAUUUUUCAUAUAAAUAAUAUACGGUCCAAGAACGUCAUAUUAAAGAUUGAAUUUAGCAAAAAUUAAGUGCAUUAUCGCGAGGUAGUUCAGCAUAGGAUUGAAACAAAUUUAUUUAAUAAGAACAAAUUUGGUAUUACCUAGCAUUUAUUUUAUUAUGAACAUUAAGGUGGUAAUAAUUAUAAUAUUUACUUUUAGUACAAACAAUAAUUGUUGAUUAAUACUGUACAGUCUGAGGUCUCUGUAGGUCCCAAAUGCUUGAUAUUGUCAGGGUUGGCUGUUAUUUAGUUUUCUUCUAAAAAUUUAAAAACAGUAUUAUGCUUAAUUAUAUUUAUAAUUAUAAAAAAUAAAUUGAUU